AUGGCAUCACCACGCAAAGAAUACCCGGCCAUCAGCCCAACGAGCGCCAAACAUCUCUUCAGCUGCCUUCGCUCUGUCCUCGCCUUGCAUCCCAGCGCCCUGACCACCGACUUCCUCUCCACCCUCAACAUCAGCACCUGCCCAUCAAUAAAGACGCCCAGCUGGCUCCCCCGUCCCAAUACCCAUCCCGACUGCGCUACUCUGGACCUACCGACGAAGACUGCACCAUGGAUUGGCCACGCACCGUACACCGGCCUGGAGUGGGCUUGCCAAUACGACAGAACCGCCGGCUUGCUCGCCGAGAGUGAGACCCCGACCCCGAUCGCAAACGUCGCCCGAGUCCGGCCGAUGCAACCUACAAAUCCUUGGGAGCGUCUGAUCGCUGUCGCCGAGUACUCCAUGAAGGGUUGGGAGAUGGUGAACAUCUUGGAAACCCGGGAAACCCCCGCCUCCAUCGGCUGCAUCGUCGCAGACGACUCCAGGACUCCCGCCGACACAGGGAACACGUCACAGCCCUACAGACAGGGCGAGCUCGCUUGCCUGCUCUCUCUCAUCUGCCGCCAGAUUUCCCAAGAUCACCACAAGACCAAGCAUGCACCAACCGUCAUCUCCUUCUCCACUUCGACUGCCCGGGUCCUCCAAAUCUUCGUCGACUACCCCAUCGACCCAUCCGAAACACCCAAGAUACACAUUAUCCAGCGAUUCGAGACGGACCUCACAAACACAACCACUGAGGCCGGCGACACGAAGGAAGCACGCGAUCUGUGGACCCAACUCGUCUCAUGGCUCUGCUUCAGCGCUCCCAGCGCGCCCAAUGAGCCCUCUCGGACGUUGCCCAAACACAGACGCGACAAGUCCCUGGGUCAUUCCAGCUUGGCAUCCGCCUCGGAGCCUGAGAGAGUCGUUUCCAGCGGCAGCGAACAGUCGACUAACGCCUCGUCGUCGCCUGACCGUUAA